AUGGCAACCUAACGCUCAUAACUCAGUAGGAAAAACUUUGAGCGUCAAAUAAAUAAACCAUAUAACUACAUAAAUAAUACGCUGAGACUCACAUGGACAAAAACAAGAUGGAGAAACUUGAAGACAUCGAAAUGUUUUUAAAGAAUGUUGACACAAUAAAUGAGCUAGUCAAGGAUCUGGAUUCCUCUGAUGUUGAAGUCCAGCACAAAGCAAUGGAUAAAGCUGAUAGCUUCAUUGCUGCUUUGGAUCAGCCCGGCUGCAGGACAAAAGUCAACAAGACUACAAUUAACACGAACCCACCUCUCCAGCCUUCCUCGAGUGUGCACAAUGAAAGUCCAGAGAAUUUCAUGAAGAUCAUGGAGAAGGAUGCUGAAGAGAGGAGUGUGAGAAGGAUCGAAAGAGAGAAAAAGGCAACUGCCCUCAAAGACAGGGGGAACAAAGCUUUUGCUCUUGGAGACUAUGAAACUGCUCUGAAGUAUUACAGUGAUGGCUUAGAGGAGCUACAGGAUAUGCAGCCAUUGUACACCAACAGAGCACAGACCUACAUGAAGCUGGGAAAGCAUGAGGAGGCCGUCAGUGACUGUGAAUGGGCUCUGAAGUGUAAUGAGAAGUGCAUAAAGGCUUACCUACUCAUGGGGAAAGCAUAUCUAGCAUUGAAGAAUUAUAAUGAGUCAAGAAACUGCUUUGAAAAGAUAGAGGAGAUAGAACCGGGGAAGAAUAAAAUGGCUAAAGAACUCCUGAUGCAGGUCAACUUGGUAGAGGAAAAAGAGAGUCAGGAGUUAAAGGCAAUGCAAGAGUUUGACAAGGGAGAGGGGAAGGAAACAACAGUGCACCAGCUGCUGGAAAAGCUGUCAAAGCCUGGCCAAAUGCCCUUCUACUAUUGUGGAGGACUGGACAUUCUGUCACAGGCAGUCAGUGACUGUACACACCAGACCCUUUUCAGACUCAACAAUGGCUUCAGUAUCAUCAGCAGCAAUGACAUGGUGAGGAGCUGCCUGUUACAGGAAACAAAGGGUCCAGACCACCAGGAGUUGUGUGCUUCUGUUCUGAAGUUAUGGAGAGUUAUUUGUUAUGGAAAUGAUGAAAACCAAAAGCUGUUGAUGACAUGCCCGGUCACCAGACAGUCCAUCGUUGACUUGGUUAUGUCAGAGCAUGUUGCAGUCCGGCUGGAAUGCUUGGCAUUGCUGUAUAUGUUCUCAGAGAAACCACACGGCAGACGUUUGGCUAUUGACAACCUAAAUAUUUUCUCGUUGGCGAGGAACCUCAUGAUGUGCAUUGCAGAGCCAAAGCGGCAGGAAGAGAACACAGCAGUCAAUAUUCUGGAAAAGUUUGCAGUUGAAAACAAAUUUCUCAAACAGCUCAGGAGUGUGUUAACAGACUCUGUUAUCUUGCCAUUUACAACAAUACUGAAAAACGUCAGCCCAUCGAGUCGGCAUGUCCUUCCAUCCCUGAUAUCCACUGUUGACCGUCUGGCUAGAGAUGAUGUCAUCCAUCGCAAUUUUGCUCUCAAUCCAGAGUGUUGGAAAGCUUUUCUGGAUGCUAUUAAGCAGUGCAUUGUAUGUGAAUACAAAGAGGUGCUUUACCCUCUGCUUGGUUUGAUCAUCAACUUGUCCAAUGUCACCUCUCCAGCCCUUCAGGAUCAUGCUGUUUCACUCUGUGACUGCUGUCUGAGCUUGCUGCAGGAUAGUGAUGGAGGAGUUAUAACAAGAGCCGCAGGUGUGCUGAGCACUGUCCUCCCUCAGUCCUCGGAGGCUGUCCUGCAUGUUAUUGAGGGGGGUGUGGUUCGGACCAUGCGUCGGCUACUAAAGGGAACCGGGCAGGCUGCUACUAAGUAUGCCAUUAAGACUCUGACAGUGUGUACUGCUGCCAGUCAGUUGGCUCGGGAGGAGCUGUUGAAGUCUGAUAAAAAACUGUCAAUUUUGCGUCGUGUGCUGGGUUCCAGCUGUGAUGAGAUGGUAACAGGAAACGCAGCCCUGUGCCUGGCUCAUUGUCUUGAGUUGGAGGGAAUUGCCAGCAAUCUGCUGGGCACUGAUAUUGUGCCGCUACUUCUUCGCCACGCUGCAGGGGACGCUAAGAGGACAGCUGUGAGGCAAAAUGCAGCUAUCGCUCUUGGGAAGCUGUGUCGAUCUGAGCCCAGGUGCCCUCUCACCUCACUCUACAAACCACAUGCUGUUGAUUACAUCUACCAAACUAGCCUGAAGGAGAACUAAUAGACCAGACAAAAUCCCACACUGACAUUAGGGUAGAUACAGUGAUGCAACAGUAUAGCUUUGGUUAGAGAUGCUGGUAACACACGAGGCAAAUCUAUGACGUUUAGCACAUGUUGACUAAAGAUAAUCAAUUCUUUUUUAGGUUGUCCGUUCAGUAUUUGCAUCUCAAAUAUAGGACUAAUGAUUUAUUUGGUAUGAAAACCAUUUCUUUAUUUCUUAAUGAACCCUUUAUGUUUAUCAUAUUUGUCAUAUUUGUCAUUAUAUUAUAUUAUUAUAUAUAUAAACAUUAUAUACUUUUUUCCUUCAAACAAUCUUCAAUUGAACUGCUGCAGAGUGAUCUUGUGCAAGUGAUGAUUGACUCACAGCAUUAAUGUGUUGCAUUAGCUUUAACAAUACCACGUUGUCCUAAUGGUUGCACUUCGUUAACUGCUUAAUCAUGAUGGAUAGGCUCAUGGCCAACAUAUCCUGAACCUUACUUUUUAAUAAGCGGUAGAGAACAAGAAAUAGUUAUGCUACGGAGUGUGGCAGGGAAACUGCUUUUGACGCCAUUAUAUUGGUCAAAGGUUUCAAGUCUUGCUUUAGAUUUGGCCAUUUGAUUUUUUAUUAGCUGUAUUGUUUAGUUCAACAAAAAUGUUUACAUGAAAAUUGCCGCGGUUUGGAUACAACUCAAAACUACAGCUGACUAUUCAUUUCUUGGCUAUCUUUUUAUCUGACCACAAUUUUCACAGAAUAUUGUUUUGUCCGUAAAUGUGCCAGUUUCAUUUCACAACUGACAAAAGUGCUUCUUUUGUCAAACCAAGAGUCAAAUAGCCCAGAUAACAACAAUGUACUUUUAUUUAAUUGAUAUCAAAAAGAAAUCCAGCAGUCUUAUUUUUUUACUUUCUUAAAAACAAAGGGAGAACUGUUCUGGAUUUGCAUUUGUUUAUUUAGUCUGAACAUGUACACAAUAAUUUCCACACUUCAAGGUAAGAAAACUAAAUAAGUGAUGAUCACAUGCUUGACUGAACAAUGAAUUUGUUGGCAAUUUUCUGAAUACUGAAGCCCCUCUGGUUAUGAGAGAGUGAUUGUUGUGUGGAAUCAUCCUUAAUGAUAGAAGAUGGCAGCAACAAACAAAUGUCUUUGUUCGUAGGAACACGUUUGCUUUGCCUGACGGCCACACAGAGCUCUGCUGUGAACGUGCUGAUCUUUAGUUUCCAAGCUAACACAUUCUCACAAGUCUAGUUUCAUCUGAAGGACAACCAACUCAUGACUGACACUUUCCUUACUGUACUGUUUUUUAUCAAUUGCAGACAUAUAAACAAACUCCGAGAACUUCAUGGCCUUGAGAUCUUGCACUCCUGUAUGAAGCUCAUCACUUGAACACACCUUAUGUUGUAUCACCUCCUUUCUUGUCAUCACUUUUGUUCUCUUCGUUAUUCUUUUUUAAGCUUGACAGCUGAGGUACCACAUUUCAUUUGAUAUACAAUUGAAUGUCUAACUAACUAAAUAAAAAACUAAAAUAAA